AUGUCAAUUUUCAGUUCCCUUAAGGAGUUUUGGAAUAGCCUAAAAACGGCUGAUCCACUGACUUUGAGAACAGAAUAUAUUGAUAUUGAUGUCAAACGGGAAAGAAAGCCAAUUAGGAAAACCACAAAAUUUCAAAAGCACCCCUUCUUCACUGUUUUCAAUUUCUACCCCUCAAAUUACAGUACGGCAGAAAAGAAGCUCCUUCUAAAAUUCGAUAUUAGUGUUUUUUUAUUUAUGUGUGCUUCAACUUUUACUAAGAACCUUGAUAAUGCUAAUAUCUCUACUGCAUAUGUGUCAGGUAUGAAGGAGGACAUUCAUGUUGUUGGAAAUGAGCUUAACAUUUUUAGUACAAUGUAUACCGUUGGUUAUGCUCUCUUUCAAAUUCCACUUACAUUACUUAUAACUAAGCCACAGCUUUCUCGAUAUUUACUUAUACUAUGUGAAUUUGCGUGGGGAAUUCUUACACUUGGAAAUGCAUUUGUAAAGACCCCUCAACAAGUCUACGCAAUUAGGUUUUUAAUUGGUGUUACUGAAGCUUGUUCGUAUCCAGCAUCAUAUGUUAUAUUUAGCUCAUACUUGACUGAUCAGGAACUAUUUACGAGGGCCGGAUUUUAUGGUGCAUUUGGCACCGCAGGAAGUGCCGUUAGUGGUAGCUUGCAAACAAGAAUGAGAGAUAGUUUAGAAGGAGUGUGUGGACUUGCUGGAUGGAGAUGGCAAUUCAUCAUGGAUUUUGUUUUAACAAUGGGGGUUACAGUAUAUGGGUUUUUCUUAUUUCCAGGAAUUCCAACCUCAUGUAGGAAGUUUGGCUUAUUUACUGAAGACGAUAUGAUAUUUGCAAGAAAGAGGGUGGAAAAAAAAAUUGCUAUCCCAAGAAAAUUUGACAGAAAGGCAUUGAAGGAGACGUUUGGUACUUGGCAACUAUAUGUUUUUACCAUAUUACAAACUUUGCAUCAUUCGUGUUACUAUUUCAAUGGUGGAAAGCUUUAUAUGGCAUCAAGAAAAGAUUUAUAUACCACUGAUGAUGUUACAAACUGGCAUACAUACAUGAGUCUCAUUGGUAUUCCUUGCGCUAUCUUUAUCUCUCCAUUGGUUGAAUGGCUUGGUAAAUUACCUGUUGUAUUCGUGAUUUACAUUAUUGGUUAUUAUGCGGCUAUAGUUACAGUAGUUUGGAAUGUCAAGGAAUCAGUUCUAUUAUCUUCAUUUUUCUUGAUUCAUGUGGUCCGUGAUGGGCUUUCUCAAGUUUAUUAUGCUUGGGCUGCUUCUCUAUGCAGGGAUGAUGUUGAAAAGAAGGCAUUAGUCCUUUCAAUCAUGCAGGCAAUAUGUUAUGCUACUAAUUCCUGGGUCACCCCUCUUCAAUACAACACUAAAUGGUCACCUAGAUUUAAAGUUGGGUACAUAGCUAAUCUAGUCAUAGUGAUAUGUACCAGUAUUUGGUUUGUCGUCACGUGGAUUUUCGAUCAUUACGAUCUACAACUAAUUCCAAAAUAUGCUGGUCAUAGGCAUCUUGAUAAAGAAGGUAACAUGCAGGCUUCAGAAUCACAAUUACUCAAUGACAAUAUUAUCAACAUCGGAAAUGAGAAUGUUCAAAGAACUGAUUCAUCAUGUUCACUUAUUCAAUCGGUGACAUACCUUUCUAGCACUAAAGAAAAAAAAUAA